AUGUUAAAACAAAAAUUAGAAUUACUAAAUAAAGAGUUCACCACUCUGAAAACUAAAAUCACUACUAAAUUACAAGCCCAACAGCAAACUAUUACCGAAACUAACGCUAAACUCACUGAAAGCAACCGUAAAUUAGAAACCACUCUCAAAGAAAACUCGGAAAAUGAAAAAGUUUUAGAGCAAUUACUGAAAGAGUUUAAAGA